CUCUACCAUGUAUCGACCUAAAUGAGUUAACUGAGGUAUCAACCCAAGGUACCUACUACUUACUUCAAAUGUGAAUAUUGAUCACAUCACGAGCGCAUGAAAGUGUACAAACAUACCUACAUAGUACUGUUAACCACAAUUAAUUCAAGUAGGCCACUUAUCUAUAUGUAGGUGUCUUAGGUAGACAACAAUAUCUGGAAAAGCUUAUAAACUCAUCUCAUAUAUAGAACCUCUUUCGACUACUCUCAUUGCCUAUUGCCUACUAGGUAGCCUACUAUUUAAUCUUAAUAGAGGAUUCGGGGGGUUUUAAUCAUGUCGACAUCAACACUGUCUCUUCGAGCAUAUACUACUCAACCUGAUCGUCUUUUUGGUCUUUCUGACGAGCAGUUCCUCCUUCUUGUUCAUAGUGACUUCAAAAAAGAGCUGCGUCGACUCCAAAGCGCAUACUCAGUCGGCGGGAAAGAUGAUGCCAAACCAUCGUCCAAGUCGCCGUCCAUGAUCUUGUAUGGCGAGAACUACGAUGAGGUCAAUCGGACACUCGUCGGGCUACUGUCCCUGAAAUGGAUCUACAACAAGCAAUACGAUAUCCUCGUAGCAAAUCAGCCCGAAGCCUUGAAACUCUCCCCUGAAUCGUUCGAAUGGAUUUAUAAAUUUUACCAAGCUCCGACCGCGACCCCUGAUGAGCUGUACGCUCUGAUAACGUCCAUAAUAGUGAACGAUAUUGGAAAGGAUGACCAGCUCGCGCGCGACUACGAAAAGGCAACCGGCGAACCCAUUGCUCACUUAAAUCACGACAUGAUUUUGAUCAAGGCAGUCAAGGCAGGCUUCGUGGACUGUCUGGACCGUCUCGCACCGGAAGACAAAGCUGACAUCAUCCGCGGGAUGGACCUGGGCGCAGACUUCAACUUUGGUCAGCUCGCCCAGGCAGAGAACGUGCCCGCCUGUCUAGCCAGCUUCGCUCGGAUUAAGGGUCACACCCGCAGUUUCCGCCUUCGGUUCAGCGAACAGCUGCUAGACAUCGCGGGAGCAGCAGGCCACCUGGACUGGACCGGCGCGAAGAAGCUGACCCAGUCCAAUUUCGACGCCUACAGCACUGUCUACCAAGUGGGCAUGGGCAUAAUAUCCGAAGGUCUAAGCCUGCGGAAGGGGUAUGACUUGGUCUUGACCCGGCGACUAAACCUACUUCGGGAGAAAGGGUUUCGGUCGCUCGAUUUGAAUGAGAAGGAUGACCGGGCACUUGCGCGGCUGCUGUGUAUGAGCAGUGUCGCCGACCUGUCGACUGCUGAACUAUACAACCGAGUAUGGACGUCUCUCGAAAACGAUACUAGAGAAUCGUUACGCAAGUCUCUCAACAUCGAUGGAUCUGUUGCCGAGCCAGCAGUGCAGGCCACUUACAUACCAGCCCUGAUGACACAGGCCGUUGAUGCCAGCGGGCCCGGGUCCACCGAAGCAAAGGAACAAGCACUGCGAAGCGUGCUUCGCUACCUAUGCAGAGUGAUAGCCGCCCCGGGUAAGCCAGACGGGCCCGUCAUCGUUAUCGAGCGGAACGUGCUGCCCAUAUUAAAAGGGGUAGUACAGAGCCCUCGGUUCCGAGAGGACCCCACCAUUAUAGAAACGGCACCGAUACCAGAAAGCCUGCCUGGGCUAGUGGAGUCUCUUGAGCAACAGCCUGGGUGAAUGUGUAUGGCUGUGUUAAGUUGAAUAGGUAGACGGUGAUUAAUUGGGUCAUUUCACGGCGUUAUCGGACUUGGGAGAUGUGGGAUGACGUGGGGGGUAGACUUACCAAGCAAUGGAUUCUAAAAAAUAUAUAUAAUCUCCUAGGUUAGAUUUGAUGAAUUUCCUAUUUUGUAUAAAAAUGAAGCCGCCCGGGCGAUGACACUUUCAUAUGCAAAACAUCUCAUUCGCUGGUCUAGUGAGUUUGAUUAGGUACGAAGACGUGUGGGAUCUUCACUUAGAUUCGAUAACAACUUGGAACGUAUAAACGAAUAAGUGAUGAUGUAGGAAGAUAUGGAAAUGAAUAUGUGGGAAACUAAGCCGUAAUAGUGAUGAUGAAUUAGCAGUAAGGGGUGAUUCGGGAAGCUGAUAUAUGACCAACCGCGGAUAUCUGUAAUUUGACACAUUCAUAUAUCCAUCCCCCCUGAAGUCUGUUUGUA